GCUGCACCUCAGACUGGGAUGGGCAGAGCAGCGCUGCUCCGCGCACAAGAGCAGACGGAUGUCAUUCAUGGAAUAAACACAUUAGGAUUUAUUAGAUGUAAAAGGAGGAAAAGAGGAGGCCUGGUUAAGUCAAGAUGAGUUUGACAUCCUGGUUCUUGGUGAGUGGCGGGGGAACAAGGCAUCGCCUUCCCCGGGAAAUGAUCUUCGUGGGACGGGACGACUGUGAGCUUAUGCUACAGUCUCGUAGUGUUGACAAGCAGCACGCUGUCAUCAAUUAUGAAGUAGCUACGGAUGAACAUAAAGUUAAAGACCUGGGAAGCUUGAAUGGGACAUUUGUUAAUGAUGUACGUAUACAAGAACAGCAGUAUAUUACUUUGAACAUGGGUGACAAGCUACGGUUUGGCUAUGAUACCAACCUAUUCACCGUUGUGCGUGGAGAGUUACAUGUGCCAGAGGAAGCACUGAAGCACGAAAAGUACACCAGUCAGCUUCAGCUAACCAAGAAGCCUUCGCCAUCAGGAGAAACCACUAAAAGCCCCGAGGUCAAAGGGGCAGAGGGAGGAAAAGAUCCUGAGGCUAGACCUUCAGAACCACCCCCAAAACCAGAAGAGAAAGUGUCAGGUGACCUAGCUGUGCUCCACAGAGGAACCCCUCUUUAUGGACAGCCUUCUUGGUGGGGUGACGGGGACGCAGAUGACGAAAACUCUGGGAAGCACGAUGCAAAGGCCUCUGAGAAAAAACAAGGUAGAUGUGAAGCAGGCCGUAAGGACACUGCAGCAAAUCCUCAGGUAGGGCCAGGAUCUACAACGCAGAAUUUAGGGACCCAGGAACCAAGCUACUUUGAGAUCCCCUGUAAGGAGACUCCUCCAGUAGGUGGAGACACAGGCGAAAGCAUCCCUACUAGUUUAGAGGCAGUUGCCUCAGCUUCCACAAUCCCUGCGUCGGAGGGCGGCGCACAUGGACACGCCUCCUUCACUAUAGAGUUUGACACAGUGGCUUCGGGGAAGGGCAAAGAACGAAAUUCAAAGGGAUCUCAAGACCAUCGACAGUGGCCGAAAAGGGGGGCAGGGGAGGAGCUGAGUGCCUUGCAGGCUGCCAUGGUGGCAGCGGAGGUAAAGGUGGCAGACUGGCUGGCACAAAAUGAGCUGCCAUUAGCUCGCUCUGAAUCUGUUGCUGAGGAGGAUGGAGACAGCGUGAAGAGUGAUGUGCCGGUUCAGCUGAGAAGUCUUAAAGGCAGUAAACAUGAGGAUGGCACACAGAGUGACUCAGAGAAUAGCCGGAGGGCAUUCCUGCAGGAGCUUUACCGAGGAAGGCAGGGCGUGCAGAGGACAGAAGGGCCUUUCGGUGGGAGGGAUGAUCUCUUCCAGCACAAACCAUCGUCUGCAGCUAAAAAGAUGGUACCAGUAGGUGGUGAAGUUGGCAAAAGAGCUCACCGCUCUUCGCCACAGAAAGAAAACGUGCCCAGAGAGCAAAGCACUGGGUCUCAAGAGACUCCAAAUAGGGGACAUAUAGAUGACCAAAGUGAUCGAGGGACCUACACCAUUGAGCUGGAAAAUGGCAAUCCUGAGGAGGAAGAGGCCAGGCGUAUGAUUGAUAAGGUUUUUGGGGUGGAGGAUAACCAAGCCCUGACUAAACUGCGUUUUCCAAAACACCAGAGAGAUAGAGGAACCAUCUGUCCGAGAUCUGGGGAAAUGGAAACCAGACAGGCUGGUUAUAUCGGUGAAGAGGUGCUACCAGAUGACUUGGUUGUAGUAGGUGGUCCAAGGUGGGUCUCACAGUGGGCUAGUCUAGCUGCAAGUCAUAUUCGGACCGAUCCUGAGGGAUCCGGGGCUGAACCCACCAUGCUUUCCUCAGAUGAAAAAGCAGAUAUCAGUGCAUCUGAACGUAAAAGAAGGACCCUCCCUAAGCUCCCCUCUGAAGACUCUGCUAUGGAUCCACUGACUCCUGAGCGCACACAGAGCCAAUCCAGGCAGAACGUCUCUUCAUCAGAGAAACAGGAUCUAGAACUUCAGGAGAAAGUAGAUCAGAACAACAGAAUCUCUAAAACUGGGCAAAGAGUUUCAGGAAUGACCUCAGCUAGCACAGACGUUGAUCGGUCCAAAGUGAACAAGCCAACUCCGCCCAGAAUCCAGAGUAAAGUCAACCAACCAGGAGCUCAAGCUAGACAGAUCGAGAAGAAACAAGAUGAUGGAGGACGAAAGAAAGUAGAUGAGGAGCGAGAGAAGACAGGCAAGCCGCUACUGAGGCAAGAGAGCUUUACAGUGGAGCGGCCGAGUGCAAAUGUCCCCCUAGAACUCAUACCUUGCAUCGAUGGGCGCAGUGCAUCAACCCAGCCCAGGGAAAUGGGAGUCAUCAAUGAGGGCAUUGAUGCUGCCACCAUGCUAAAAGACUCAGAGGCUGUGGCUGCUUUUCUUGAAACCACUUUAUCAGACCUUGCUGAUCCACUGAGCUACUCCCUGGGGUCUGUAUCACCUGAAUCUGAUAUUGAUACGACAAGCACGCUCAGCCAAGCCGGAGGACAAGGAGGGCGUAAGACAGUCCAAAGGAAAAGAUCAGCUGGAGGUCCAGGCCGUGAAACAACCAAUAAAAACACCAGCACCUCAGAAAGGAAAGGCAAAGCUCAACCCUCUAGUUCCAGGGCUUGGACGUCUCUUGACCUGACAGAUGAUGACUUGAGCUCUUCUCUAACCCAUGACGCUUCGGUGAAACGACCUCAGGGUCGGGGUCAGAAUACCAGCUCUAAGGGAGAGCCAACAAGUGGCAAAACCAGAGGAGCAAAGACGACUGUAGCUCCUGCCCCCACCAGCUCUAAACCAACCACCCUUCCACGACCCAGACCCACUCGGGCUUCCCUUCUUCGCCGUGCACGACUGGGCGAAGCUUCUGACACCGACCUUGCUGAUGUCGAUCGCAUGUCUGUUGCUUCAGAGGCCUCUACUGCCAGUUCUGCAUCGAGGCCUUCCGCUGGGCGCAGGACCCUCUCUCGAAUUGAAGCGCUUGCCCAGCCACGGAGGCCACGAGUGGGCUCUCCUUCAGCUCGGAGUGACUCAGAAGCUACAUCAGGCAAGAUCAGGGGCUUCGUCCCACGCCCUGCCCCGGAAAGCACACUGCGGCUUGGCCUCCGCUCUACAGCAGCCUCUUCCUCUGUUACGGUCCCCAGAGCAAGAGCUAACAGCGCUUCCAAACUGCCCGAUAAGUGUCCUGGUACUCCACAUGUUCAAAGUACACCUGCAGCUGGUGGAAGGUGGCGCCGGGUACCAAUUGAAUACGCUUCUACCUCAGAGGAUGAAUAUGGAUCCAACCGUCACCCCACUCAACACACUCACACGCGCCCAAUGGCUCCACGGGUGACACAGCUAGGGGGCUCAGCCCCUGCAACACCCAGCCCUGGAGGCAUCUCCAUGUUACGACACCAGUCUAGCAGAGAACAGGAUGAUUACAUGAGAGAUUGGACUGCCCACAGUGAGGAGAUCGCCAGAAUCAGUCAAGAUCUGGCUAAAGAUCUGGCCAUGUUAGCGCGUGAGAUCCAUGACGUUGCCGGAGAGAUUGAUUCUGUUAGUCCUUCCUCUGCUCCCGCAGCUUCAGUUGAGGACCGUGUGUUUGAGGAUGUUCUGGGCAGCGCUCCAGAGAUCAGUGGCAGAGGUGUGGAACUAAGACCUCGCGUUGCUAUCAGCAGUCAGGAUUCCCGCGCCAUCCGCCGCAGGACCUGGAGCAGAGAGGAGGGUGUGCUGGACAGUUUGCUGUUGGCAUCGGUCUCCCAGCUCUCAGCAAAAAUCAAACAGGCCGUGGAAAAGACAGCCAACAAAAUCAGGAUUUUAUUUAAAGCCAAGGACCGAAAGUGGGAGGAGAUUGAAAGUAAACUGCAGGCAGAGAAUGAGGUGCCUCUCCUCAAGACCUCUAAUCAGGAGAUUUCGUCCAUACUCCAGAAUCUGAAGAGAGUGGAGCGACAGCUGCUAGUGAUUGAUAUAAUGGUGGACCCUGAUGGCACACUGGAUGCUCUGAGCAGUCUGGGUCUGACCAGUCCACUUAUGGCUGAGAACAGAGUAAGUCCUGGCUCACAAGGUCCAGCUGGCACCCAGGCUGUGGAUGUAUCCAGCAGUACGGCAGCGCUGGCCUCUGCCUACUCAGAGGUCGCAGAACGAGAUCCUGGCCUGCAGCAGAGGAGCAAAGAGCAGAAGACUGCCGAUCAAAGCUAAAUUACUCCGAACGGUUUACACUGACAUCCUGCACUGGUUUCCAAAGGCCAGCUCAACGGGACUUUUAUGUGAAUAAUGUGAGGUAUGCUAUUAAACUUCCUAUAUGGCACUGCAAUUAAAGGUAUGCUUCAUAAAUUCUAUUUAUCCUUGAACGUAUUUUCAAUAAUUAAAGAAAAUAUUUUUAAAUAUCAAUCAACUGUAACACCCCAUAGCCAGAAUGACUACACACAAGCAUUAAUUAUUGUGAGUUUCCGUCUUAAUAACCGGCAGUACUUUAGAUGUGCCCAGGUAGAUACAGAGCACAUGACUGUUGAACAGGAAGUGAAAUGUGAAAGUGUUGAGAUAUGAUUUACUCAAAACUGAGGUCAUGCUGUGUGUUGUCAAGUAUUGAUCCAAACUCCUUAUUCAAAGGGUUCAGAAUGAACAAUCUCCAAGCAUUAAAUUGACCAGUUAGACGGCAACAAAAUAUGUGAUUCAAAUCAAACCAUGAACUAAAUAAAACAUGUCCGACAACUUUUACCUCAGUGGGGAAUUUUCCAUCUUAAGUUUAUCUAGGAUGCAUAGAGUUCUUUUUUUUUCAGAACUCUGUGUGGAGACACAUAUGUGGACUAUUUCUCAUGUUAAGGCACCAGAACUAAUUUGAGAAGCCAAAUUACACAGUGACCUUGUCACAAAUAUGCAAUGAAUUCCCAUUGCCAAUAGGCACUAUACUAAUCAAAAGUCUGGGGUCCGGAAUAUUCAAAUGUUUUUGAAAUAUGCAUGCUCACUAUGACUGCAUUUAUUUGAUCAAAAUACAGUAAAACAUAUAAAACGUAUCAAUAUAAAGUAACUGUUUUCUAAAGUAAAAUAUUUCAAAAUCUAAUUUACUUCUUUGAUGGCAAAACUGAAUUUUGAGCAGCCAUUAAUUUAGUCUUCUAUAUGUCACUUGAUCCUUCGGGGGAAAAAAUUAAUUUGUGGAUUUGAUUCUCAAGAAACAUUUCUUAUUCUUAUUAUAUUAAUGUUGAAAGCAGUUGUGCUGCUUAAUAUUUUAUGUGAAAACUGUUUGACAUUUUUAAGCAUUCUUUGAUGAAUACAGUAGAAAGUUUAAAAGAAAAGAUUUACCAUCACUUUUGAUCAAUUAAAUGCAUCCCAGUUGAGUAAGUGUUCAUUUCUUGAAAAUGAAUACAAAUGAUAAAAUAUCUAACUGACCUCAAACUUUUGAACAUUAUAGUGUACAUUUGAACAAAAAAUAAUGCUAACAUUUUCUUGUAUAAACACCAACCAAAUCUUGAAACAAUAACCAAUAUCUUACAUAUUUUAGUCCAAAUAUAUAAAGCCAAUUUCUGCCAAACGUUUAAUACACCAAAAGUGUAUUCAUACCUUUAGUACACAUUGAGGUUGACUAUCUGAAAAUGAUCACCUAAAAAACAAUAUCGCAGUUGUUUUGCUGCUGUGAAGACAAUGAUAAAAUGUGUAUUACACUGGCCUUUAUAUGUGAUGCAUUUUUUAUGUUUCUUCUGUUGCAUUCUUAGAAACAAACCAAUCUAAUAUAUGAAGUGUAAAAAUCAAGCAUUGUCAUUUGGACCAGUCCUUCAAUUUGAUCUUUAUCUUUUGUAAAUGUAACCGUGAAUCAUUCCUCUGCACACCUUUCAUUAUAAUGUUACUGCUUACCUGUAGUUCUUCUAACAGUUGCCAUGUUCCUCCGAUACCUUCUUCAUAUAUGACUUAAUAUAUAAUAACCAAUUAGGAAUACACAAGUUGUCUCUGCCAUGUGAUAGCCAAUAGGAGGGCCUGGAUUUACCCAGAUGUCAGUCAAGCUUGUUAUGUCACGAAGUGCCCAUUAUCAAGGUCAUUAUCUGACGAUGUAGAUGUUAAACAUCAUGUUAUUUUGCACAUGCCAAUGAAAUCAACCUGUUCAAAUGAGUGUUGUGAACUGGGUACUUUGGCAGAUUGGAAAAUGGCUCAUUUUAUGUCAAAUGUCUUUGCAGGCCAUCUGGUUAGGUAGGUAGCAUGGUCAUUUUUCUCUCCUGUUGGCUUCCGUCUGCCUCAUACCAGUGGUGUUUACACAUGAAUGUAAAAAUAAUAAUAUUGAUUUAAUAAAGAACUUUCAUAUC